ACCAGCCCCCUCACUGGCGCCUGCCUCCCCUCCACGCACCUUGUCUCUAACUUCGCUCUCCGCAGCGCUAUCCAAGAGUGGCAGGAGCAACACCUUCUAUUCGUCCCCAGACAUGAAGUCGACAUUGACCAGCAGCCUAUCUCAGCAGGCUCCUUCAAGACCCUCUACAUAGGUCACCUCCGCAGGCGAGGGCGAGGAGCGGAGCCGGAAAGGCUCAAGGUCGCGGUGCUCAAGCUGAGGCAAGGCGGCGGCAAGAGAGAAGCCGGUGUGAUGCUAAGGCUCGGGCCGCAUCCUCGGCUUGUAUGCUACAUGGGGCAGAGCGAGGACGCCGAGGGCUGCCGCCUGCUGCUGACAGAGUACGCCAAGCUGGGGUCGUUGAGGCGGGCUUUACUGGGGACGCUGGCGGGCCAGGUGACGCGAGGGCACCAGAUGUCGAUGAUGCAGCAGAUCGCACAGGGCAUGCUCGCAGCAAGGCACGUGCUGGUCAUGGGCUUCGACAAGGAGGACGUGGGGAGGACGUCGGUUAAGGUUGCAGGCUUCGGGCGUGCAAUAGACCUUGCGGACGAUACUGACGCUACAGUAGCGGGGCGAGGGCUGCCCGUACGCUAUAUGCCCCCGGAGUCCAUGAAGAAAGGCCGGUGCUCGGAGAAGAGCGACGUGUGGGCCUUCGGGGUGACGUGCUGGGAGAUCAUGACCUUGGGCAAGACCCCCUACUACAACAUGACGGACGAAACUGUAAUCCGGUACGUGUGCGGGCGAGGGAGGCUGCCCCGAGAGGACAUACUCGGAAGAUGUCCGGACGAGGUAUGGGCCCUGAUAGAGAGCUGCUGGUCGAUUUGGGAAGAGGAUCGCCCGACGUUCGCAGAGCUUUCGGUAGCUUUAGGAAGAGCCGGAGCGGAGGGGCUUGAGAGGACAGCAUGGAGGUGGUCAAGCAAGACGCUUGGGCUGCAGGAUGCACGGAGCGGCAGCCAGCCACUAUGCCGAAGAAUAUGCAGUGUAGCAGAAGCUGCAUGGAGAAGCAUCGGGGAGGCAGCGGGCGGAGGGAUCGAGUCGAUGGCGACGAGACUGAAGAAGCGCAAGUACCGAGAGCUUGCGGGACAAGAGUCAGCAUGCGAUGCUUUGGAAGGCAUGACGAAUGCCGCCCGUGACCCGCCGAGCACGGGAGCUAAGAGGCUACGGGUCGGGGCGCCGGCAGCGGUUGAGGUGGGAUGCAGCAGCCGGCAAGGGAGGCAUGGAAGCAGCUGUGGACAGGAGCUGAAAACAGCAUAG